GCGAGAGAAUGUUUUGCGCAUGCGCAUAUGGUGGAAUGUGAGAUGGAUAAAUGUUUUUAAUAAUGUUAAUAUUUAAUAUUAUUUCAACUAUCAAACGUACAGAAUUGACUAUCAAUCACUAUCAAACAACCAACAAACGUUUACAAAUGAAAAAUUAGUGUUUUAUUGAAAUUGGGGUGCAGUGUGAAAAUAGCACCGCAAUAUUUGAUUGUUGUUUAUUUUUUCUAUUUUUUACUAUCAAACGUUAAAUAUCAACUAUCAAACACUAUCAAACGACCAACAAACGUUUUAAAGAAAAAAAAGUUGAUUGUGAUAAAGUUGUGGUGCUAACUUCACGGACAUGAUCACACCGCCAUUUUUUGUGACCUUUCGGGAGAGGUUCUACGUCCUUUUAUUCCUUUUCCCCUGCGAAAACGUAUUUUCCAUCUUCUUCAUGAUCCAGCACAUCCUGGCGCCAAGGUUUCGUGUAGGGUCAUUUGUAAGUCGUACGUGUGGCCAGGAAUGAACCGUGAUAUCAAGGAGUGGUGUAGAAAUUGUUUGCCUUGUCAAAAGUCGAAGGUCAAUCGUCACACUGUGAUGCAACCGUCACAUUUCGUUGCACCGGAAAGUAGAUUUUCCCAUGUUCACAUGGACAUAAUUGGUCCGCUUCCGGUGUGCGACGGUUAUCGAUAUUGUUUGACUCUUAUCGAUCGAUUUUCUCGUUGGCCGGAGGCCAUUCCUUUGAAGAGUAUAGACGCGAUUACAGUUUCUCGUGCGUUUUUUGAUGGUUAGAUUUGUCGCUUCGGUUCACCUGAAACUUUAACGACUGACAGAGGUAGUCAGUUCGAAUCUCAAUUGUUUUCGGCUCUUCUAAAGUUGACAGGUUGUCAACGAAUACGAACAACGGCGUACCAUCCUGCCUCUAAUGGUAUAGUGGAACGCUGGCAUCGUGUUUUAAAAACUGCAAUAAUGUGUCAUUCGGAAAAACAAUGGAUCCAGUCUUUGCCGGUAGUCAUGAUGGGAUUACGUAACAAUGUUUUACAGUCGGGGGCAUCACCGGCUGAAUACAUCUACGGGACAACAUUUAGAAUACCUGGUCAAUUUGUCUUACCUGAGGAUUUUUCACCUAACCCUCAAUUUUUUCUUGAAGAAUUUAGAGAGCACAUGCGUCUCAUACGACCAGUUCCCGUCGAACAUCAUGAUAAAAGAAAAAUUUUUGUCCAUAAGAAUUUAGAGUCAUGUACACACGUUUUUCUAAAAGCAGCGUUUACAAAAAAAUCACUUGAAUGCCCGUACUCUGGUCCCCAUAGAGUAGUCAAUCGCACAUCUGAAAGAGUUUAUGAAAUUGAAAUUAACGGCGUAAAAAAGCAAGUUUCUGUCGAAAACUUAAAACCCGCCUUUUUUGUACGCGACGACGCAGAUGUAGCACUCGAACCUGUGAUAAAAACUACGUGUAAUAUACCUGUAAAUUCUACGUCACAUGUUCUUGUCACUGCGAAUCCUGAAACAGUAUUAAAAGUUAAACCAGUAUUAAGAACUUAUGUUAACAAAAAGAAAAAAGUUACAUUUAACUUACCUUAG